AGGUCACAGUGGGACGUGAUGGCGCCACUGCACUCAGCCUGGAAGGCAGAGCAAGACCUUGCCUCAAAAAGAAAAAGAAAAAAAAAGGAAAAGACGCGGUGGUCCCAAGAGUGAUGGCUAGGGCCGGUAAGCCCAACACUUUGGGAGGGCGAGGCGGGAGACAGCUUGAGGCCAGUAGUUCGACACCAGACUGGGAAACUGUAGUGAGACCCUCGCCUUAAAAAAAAAAUCAGCCGGGUGCGGUGGUGCACACCGGUGGUUUCCAGUUACUCUGGAGGUUGAGGCGGGAGGAUCGCUUGAGCCCAGGAGGUCAAGGCUGCAGUGAGCUACGGACUGCGCCAGUACACUCCAGCUUUGGAGACAGGAGGACACCUAGAUCGUGUCAUCUGUGAGGAAGGGGCCUUCGCCUGACGUGGAACCUGGGAGCGCCUUGAUCUUGGGCUUCCCAGCCUCCAGACUUGGGCCACAGUAGUCCCCCUUUAUCUGUGGUUCCACCCUCCUUGGUUUCAGUUACCCAAGAUCAACCACAGUUCAAAACUGGGACCCGCCAACAUGGGCUGUGUUCGCACCAAAACUGUGAAGAAGGCGGCCCGGGUCAUCAUAGAAAAGUACUACACAUGCCUGGGCAACAACUUCCACACGAACAAGCGCGUGUGCGAGGAGAUCGCCAUUAUCCCCAGCAAGAAGCUCCGCAACAAGAUAGCAGGCUAUGUCACACAUCUGAUGAAGCAGAUUCAGAGAGGCCCAGUAAGAGGUAUCUCCAUCCAGCUGCAGGAGGAGGAGAGAGAAAGGAGAGACGAUUAUGUUCCUGAGGUCUCAGCCUUGGAUCAGGAAAUAAUUGAAGUAGAUCCUGACACUAAGGAAAUGCUGAAGCUUUUGGACUUCGGCAGUCUGUCCAACCUGCAGUUCACUCAGCCUACAGUUGGGAUGAAUUUCAAAAUGCCUCGGGGACCUAUUUGAAUUUUUUCUGCAGUGCUGUAUUAUUUUCAAUAAAUCUGCGACAACAGCAAAAAAAAAAAAAUAAUUUCACAAAAUUAUUAAAAGUAUUGUAAACAAUUACCUUCAGUUUAUGUGUAUUAUGUGUGUAUAAAACAAAUAAAUUUUACGUCUGGACUUGGGUCCCACCUCCAAGGUAUCUCAUUAUGUAUAUGCAAAUAUUCCAAAAAUAAAAAAAAAAUCUAAAAUACUUCUGGUCCCAAGCAUUUUGGAUAAGGGAUACUCAACCUAUACCAGCUAUUCUGUCCAGAGCAUCAUUGUAAGAGUGAGAAAUUGACAACUCUGUGGCCGUAGCAUCCCCUUCAUCCAGCAAUUAAUUUCAGUUCAAUUCUUCAAACAUUCUUCAGGUCCAGUGUACUUUCAUUUGUCUACAUUAAUGGUGAGGACCUAUACAACUGUUCUGUUUUUCACAGUUUGGUGUUCAAUAAAUUACAUGAGAUAUUCAAUACUUUAUUAUAAAAUAGGCAUUGUGUUAGAUGAUUUUGUCCAACCACAGGUUAAUAUAAGCAUGCUGAGCACAUUUAAUGUAGGCUAGGCUAAGUUGUGAUGUUCAAGAGGAUAUUUGUAUUUAAUGCAUUUUUGACUUACAACAUUUUUCGUUUAUGAUGGGUUCAUCGGGAUGGAACCCCAUCAGAAAUUGAAGCGCAUCUGUAGUAGAAUAUGGCUGAGGCUUGCCCAGUUUUUUCUUGUUUUUAAUUUAGUGGAAUUAUAUUGAUUUCAAAAGCUUUGCACUUGAGCAUAUUGAAAUGCCCUUACUUGAAAGAGAAAGAUGUCUACUUUGUUUGAGUAAAUGUAUAGCAAUGUGCUGGCUAAAGUCUUUGUCUUGUCAAAUACAGUAAAAAUUACUUACAAUGUCUGGUUAUAUGAGAGAAAUACUUUAAACGAUGGAGUUUUUAAAUUUGAAGAGGCUUUUUGUGUGGGCAGAGAAAUUGAGCUUAUUUUUACUUUUUUUUUUUCUUUGAGACAUAGUCUUGCUCUGUUGCCAAGGCAGAGUGCAGUGGUGCAAUCAUAGCUCACUGCAACCUCGACCUCCUGGGCUCCAGUGAUCCUCCUUCCUCAGCCUCCUGAAUAGCUGAAGCUACAAGUACA